GAGAGAGAGGGAGGGAGAAUCGCUUUGUACAUAAGCCAUCAAUCCUUUCUCUCCCUCUCUCUCUCCUCCUCCUCUCUCUCUCUCUCUCUCUCUCUCUCUCUCUAUCUAUCUAUAUAUACGAUAGUUUUACAGAGAGAGAGAGAGAGAGAGUAAUCGGAGAGAAAGAAGCUUUCGGCUCUCGACUUUCCGAUUCAGAGAGCCGUCGGCUAUGGCAGAUUCAAACCGCUCGAACGAUUCGGUUUCUCUUGAUGUAGGAACCAUUUAUCUGGGAGGAAAGGAACAUACUGUUCAAACAGGCCGUGGUCCUGUGUCUGUUAUUGUGUAUGGAGACCAAGACAAACCGGCUCUGCUUACUUACCCUGAUUUAGCCCUAAACCAUAUGUCAUGUUUCCAAGGAUUGUUCUUUUGUCCUGAAGCCGCUUCUUUGCUGCUCCAUAAUUUCUGUAUAUACCAUAUCAGUCCUCCUGGGCACGAGUUGGGAGCUGCGGCAAUUUGUCCUAGUGACCCUGUGCCUUCUGUUGAUGAUUUAGCUGAUCAAAUUAUUGAGGUUCUCAACUAUUUUAGGUUGGGUGCAGUGAUGUGCAUGGGGGUAUCAGCGGGGGCUUAUAUUGUCACUCUAUUUGCUUUGAAAUAUAGGGAGCGGGUUCUUGGUCUGAUUCUCAUAUCCCCUUUAUGCAAAGCUGCCACUUGGACAGAAUGGCUGUAUAAUAAGGUGAUGUCAAAUUUGUUGUAUUUUUAUGGCAUGUGUGGUUUGAUGAAGGAGUUAUUGCUCCAUCGGUACUUCAGCAAGGAAGUUCGCGGUAGUGCAGAUGUCCCAGAAUCAGACAUCGUUCGGGCAUGUAGACGGUUACUGGACGAGAGACACAGCAUAAAUGUUUUGCGAUACCUUCAAGCAAUCGAUAGGAGACCUGACAUUACGGAUGGGCUGAGGGGACUUAAAUGUCGCACACUCAUAUUUGUCGGGGAGAACUCUCCUUUCCAUUCAGAGGCUGUCCACAUGACAUCAAAAUUGGAUAGAAGAUACAGCGCCUUGGUUGAGGUCCAGGCUUGUGGAUCGAUGGUAACAGAAGAGCAACCACAUGCAAUGUUGGUGCCCAUGGAGUACUUUCUCAUGGGAUACGGGUUAUAUAGGCCAUCCCAGCUGAGCGGCAGUCCAAGGAGUCCCCUCAGUCCUACUUGCAUCUCCCCGGAGCUUCUUUCUCCAGAAAGCAUGGGAUUGAAGCUGAAACCGAUCAAAACCCGGGUUUCUCCCCAAGUCAGAAUCGCAGACAGAUAGAUGAUAACAACUAGACGCAGCGCGAUCUGGAAGUUUGUAAUACUACGAUCUCCAUGAUUUGGGAGUUAACAGACGUUCUUUUUCUUUUUUCUUAUACUUUUUCUCUUUUGAUUAGCAAAAGAAGAAGAAGAGGAGGGAGGAGGGUAGAUGCGGGUGUUGUAGAUUAUUGGUGGGGGGGGGUUCUUGAGAAAUGGAUACGAGAUAUAUACAUAGGAAGGAGGGAGACUUGAAGGUAUUCAUUUUGUAGUCAUUCAUAAACGUGCCACUGAGCUUUUAUGUGUAUAUCUUCACACAUACAUUUAUUUAUGACAUUGAUGAGUAAUAAAUAUUGUGCAGCAAAAUGGGGUGGCUUCUUUGGAUCAUACGGUUCAUGGGUUGGUUUUUUUUUUUUUUUUAAACAUUUUUUAUUUGAGAAGAUAGUUGUAUUUCAUUAAAUAUUAAAGGAGGCUUCCAUAGCUGUAGUGACGUUGAAGUCAAUAUGGGACCACGUGAAGGCCAUGAAUCCAUCAC